GGUGGGGCCUGUAAUAUGCGUGGGCGUAGACUGAAAAUGGCUACAGAGCAUGAAGAGAUAAAAAUACUGACUUUAAAUGCCUGGGGACUGCACUAUUUUGCCAAGAACAUCAAAGAGAGAUUUGAUCAUAUUGCAGAUGAAAUGAUAAUUUAUGACAUUGUCUGUCUCCAAGAAGUAUGGAGUGACAGUGACUAUCGUAUGCUUUCUGACUCUGUUAGGUCAGAAUUGCCUUAUUCAACUCAUUAUCCCAGUGGUAUAAUUGGUAGUGGUUUGUGCAUUUUCAGUCGAUAUCCAAUAAUGAACGUGUUCCAUCAUGAAUACAGGGUCACACAUACGCUGAAAAACUUUUCCGAUGGAGAGAAAUUUGCCAAGAAAGGAGUGUUAGCGGCACGAAUUGAAUUGCCAUUAUCACUUGGUUUUAUCACUGUCUUUAAUACACAUAUUAAUUAUGGGCGUCGUAAUAAUCAAUUUGCAGAGUUGAUGCAGUUUAUGAGCAACAUUGCUCACAACUCUCCUGUCAUCCUUUGUGGAGACUUCAACACUGAGGCUAACCAUCACUGCUACAGUGUAAUUACUAAAGUCUUGAAACUAAGUGAUGCAUUUAUUGAUGAUCCUCAACCCACUUGUGACCUGCCAGGUAAUUUGUACUCUAAGUCUAAACCGAGCUGCCCCACUGGCAAAAGACUGGAUUACAUAUUCUAUUCCAGUGAAGCUUUUGACAAUAAUUGUUCGCUUGAAGUUAAAAGUCAUCGGCUAAGUCUCUCGGGAAACAUACCAACCAAAGGAUUUCCUUAUUCUGAUCACGAGGGGCUGGAGGUGGUUUUUAAUAUCAUACCUCCUAAAACUGGUCCUUUUCUGCAUGAUGUUAUAACAGAAGACUCCUUAAGAUCAUUGGAUGCCAUGGCUGACGAGAUUAAUAAUGAACUGGUGCCCUUACAGAGAAUCUACGAGUCGAAGAACAAGCAUCUCAUGUUGCUGUGGAUACUGCUAGUCCUUGUAUCACUGGCUGUGAGUGUCCUCAUGGUACUCCCAUCUGUAUACAAUGGACUAAGCAGCUGGUAUCUCCAAAUACUCUGUUCUCUGAUUCCUUCUGCAUCAUGGAUGAUAUCAAUGUUCAUAUUCUUUCACACUCUUGAUUCCGUUCACAUGAUGAGAGGAAUGAUCGCCAAUUACAGACAAGUCAAUUUGUUAAUAGAUCACAACAGAAAUAAACAAAAACGCAAUAACUAUUAAUUAUUAUUGGCUACUAUACUUUGUGUGUAUCUGUUAUUCACAAUAAUAAUAACAA